AUGGAAGAUAAUUAUAAUACUAACUCUAGUUCAUAACCAAAUGAAAACCCCUAUCCUAAAUUUGAACCUGAAAAGCAAAACGAAUAACCUUAGGUGGAACAACCUCCCCAAUAUGCCUAUACAAAUGACUUAAAUCAACCUCUGAUUAUGGGUGAAGAUUAACAUGACAGUGGUGAUUAAAUUGACAAAUUUUUAUUGUAUACAAGAUAUCUUAAUAUCGGUGCUGGGUAAAAAAAUAUAAUAUAAAAGAAUGUAUGUUGCAAUUGUAGGGUUAUACUUUUUAUUCACUCUGAAAAUAUGGAAUUCUUCUAACUUUUUAAUGUCAUUUUAUACAAUGUUUCUUCCAUUAUUUUAUGUGUACAAAAUUAAUAAUAAAUAUAUAGAUUUUUUGGUUUAUUGUUAUUAUUAGCUGAAUAUUACAAAUUAGAAGUGAAUAUCUAUUUUAGAUUUUUGAGAUCUUAUUUGGGAAGGGGAAUAUAUAAUAUUUUGUAAUAUAUAUUGUGUAUUUUUCUUAGCUUAGGAACUUAAUGUGUUAAUAUUUGGGCAAGAUCGAGUGACUUUUUCAGUUGGAUACUCUUUACUCUUGGUCUAAUCUAUUUAUUUUUACAUAUAAUUCGAUCUAAAAUUCAUUAGGAUGUAAAAUCGAAGCUAUUAGAUUGA